GUAUGGUAUUCCUUAUCUAAUAAAAUGAAUCCUUAGUGCCUUCUAAUUAUAAAAAAUACAUUAAUCUACUUCUAUCCACUUCUUCCUAACCUCAAAAUUUGAUAGAAGUACAGUCAAGGCAAAGGAAAGACGAUUGUUGAAAACAGGAAACUUAAAGUAAACAAAGCAGUUGGCAAUUUUGAUCUCAAAAUUCCACUCAACAAUGAUCUUAUUAUCGAUCAAUUUAGAAGUACUAAGAAGUUAUCACUUAAAUAAGAGUUUCAGACCUACUCUAAGCUUAAUCAUGUUCAAACCACAAACAAAGAAGAGUCAAACUCUUCCAAAAUAUUCAGAGUCGAACACCUUAUCCAAGAAAAGAGAGAAACUAAAGAAUCUAAUUUGUUCCAAAUGUCCCAGAGCCUUCAGAAGAAGUAUGCCCAACCUCCGAAACCAGAGUAACCCUCACAGGCUGAGUAUCUUACAUCCCUGAUUUACCCCAGGAUUAAAGAAACCUAUCGAUAACACUCUUUCUAAGAAGAGAAAGCCUAAAUGCAAGAAGGUGAAGUAUUCUUGGAUAUCAAAUAAAGGAUCGAAAUUUACCCAAAACAGGCGGUCUCAAAUCGUACAAUCAAUGCUUGAUAUUCAACCUAUCUUUACAGAAACAGCAGAAGUCAUUGCUAAUAGAAUCAAAAACUUCCAAAGGUUAGGAUGAGCCUACCAGACUACCAUGAGUAUUCAGACCAUCAAUGCAGAAGUUUCGAAAAGAUCGUUCGAUAGACUCAAAAGAUAGUCAUGAUGAAGCUCAAUGACUCUUUCAGACUUCCCUGAGUUAGCACAUGAAGGAUGAUUUGACUUUAAAGAGUACUCCUGAUUGCUGAAAAGUAAUGUUCUAAAUUUCAAUGAUCUUAAA